AUGCCUGCAGUCUUGGUCACUGGAGCCUCAGGCUAUAUUGGCGCUCAUAUUGUCAGCCAAUUACUCGAAAAGAAGUACACCGUCAUCGGCACUGUCAGAACCGGAGAAAAGGCCAAAUUUCUUAUUGAAAAAUUCGAGGAUCCCAAUCUGAGUUUCGAGAUUGUUCCGGACAUUGCUGAGGCCACUGCUUUUGACGCAGCAUUCGAAGUUCAUCCUGAAAUAGAGUUUGUAGUCCAUACCGCCGCUGUUCUUCCAAGAGGUGUUCCUAAAGAAGAACUUCACAAGCAGUAUGUGGAGACCUCUGUUGCAGGAACCAUCAACAUUCUCAAAACAAUCGAGAAAUAUGGGCCCAGUGUCAGGCAUUUUGUUCUGACAUCUUCUUCUGCGGCUCUUGCAGACCUCAGACUUUUUGAGGACUCUACAAUCCUUUUGACCGAAGAUUCAUGGAACGAGACGUCUUGGGAACAAGUUGGAGACUUUGAAUUGUUCGCUUAUGCGUACUCUAAAGCUGAAGCUGAGAGGUCUGCCAAAGAAUUCACCAAAAGACCAGAGGUGAAGUUCACCUUCUCAUCCGUUUGUCCAGUCUGGGUUCUUGGGCCGCAGAGGUUCGUUGAGAUGGAAGGCAACUCAAGCAGCGAGGCGCAGCUUGUUGCUAGUCUGGUCAAUGCUCCAGUCAAUUCUCCGGGGCCCUUUGACACUUGGGGGGCUGCUGUUGAUGUCAGAGACGUUGCCAAAGCACACGUGUUGAGUGUUGAAAAGUACGCUGAGUUCAAGGACGCCAGACUGGUUCUCGCUAAUGCCGAGUUCACAUCCCAGCUUUUGCUCAACAUCAUCAACCAGAGCUUUCCUGAACUUGUAGGAAAGAUUCCAGCUGGAAACAUGGUUGAUCACACUGUCGGUAUGAAGAAAAGCCACGCUGCCAUUGAUUUUUCGAAGACCGCAGAGAUUACGGGCAUUGAGUUCAUUCCUCUUGAGAAGACGAUCAUUGACGGUGUCAAGCAGAUCCUCGAGUACAAUGCGCUCAAGAAAUGA